AUGUCCACUCUUGAAGCAAUUCGAAAUGCUCAGCCUAUCGCUCAAAAGAUGGUUGAUUUUAUCAACAAGUCGAAAUCACCCUAUCAUGUUGUAGGAACCAUCAAGCAAAAAUUAGCUGAAUUUGGAUUCGAACAACUCUAUGAAAGAGAAGCAAAUUGGUCCGAGAAGAUCAAACCAUGUGGCAAGUAUUUCUUCACCAGAAAUCACUCAACUAUUGUUGCAUUCAGUGUUGGUGGAAACUUUAAGCCUGGAGCUUCAGGAUUGAAAAUUAUCGGUGCUCAUACGGACUCUCCCCACUUGAUCAUGAAACCAAUUUCAUCACAAAAGAGUUCUGGCUAUUUGCAAGUUGGUGUACAAACCUAUGGAGGAGGUUUGUGGUACACAUGGUUUGAUAGAGAUUUAACCGUUGCUGGAAGAGUUAUUGUUGCCGAUGGAAAAGAUAAAUUCAAGCAACAUUUGGUUGAAAUUGAUAAACCUAUUUUGAGAAUUCCAUCAUUGGCCAUUCACUUACAAAGAGAAGUAAGCCAAGAUGGAUUCAAACCAAACACUGAAACUCAUUUACUACCAAUUAUUGGAACGGAACUGGGAGAAUUGAGUGAUGAUCCCAACGCAAAGGGAUUUAUUGCCAACCACCAUUCUGUAUUGUUGAAAGCACUAGCUCAAGAGUUGAAAUGUGAUGUAGCUGAUAUCAAGGACUUUGAUUUGUCAAUUGUUGACACUCAACCUGGCGUCAUUGGCGGUGUGAAUGAGGUUGGAUCAACAAGUAGUUAUGGAGCUGACUCUUCAUUGAUUUCAGAUACUAUUAACAGAGUUAUUCAAUGUACACAUGCCUCCAUUGACAAGAAUGCUCCUGUUGACUCCUAUGGAGCAUGCAUUGCCAAGAGUUUUAUUAUCAGUUGUGACAUGGCUCAUGCAGUUCACCCCAAUUAUUCUGAAAAGCAUCAAGCCAAACAUAGACCUCAAAUUCAUCAAGGUCUUGUCCUCAAGACGAACGCCAAUCAGAGAUACACAACCAAUGGCUACACUUCUUUCUUAUUCGGAGAAUUAGCUCGCAGAAAGAAUAUUCCUCUUCAAUCCUUUGUCGUUCGAAACGACUCGGCUUGUGGAAGCACCAUUGGUCCAAUUGUCUCAUCGAACACAUCGAUUCGCACCAUCGAUGUUGGAAUUCCUCAAUUGUCCAUGCAUUCCAUUAGAGAACAAUGUGGUGUGGUCGACAUUAAGAGUACUGUAGAUUUGUUCACUCACUUCUUCAAUGAAUUCUCCGACAUUGAUAGUUCUGUCUAUGUGGAUGAAUAA